GGAUUAGAAAGAGUGAGAAAGAGGGGAAUUAUGGCAAAGAAUGGAUGCCUUUUUCUUUUUUCUUUUUUCUUUUUCCAACGUAUGAAAAAUAUCUAAUUCUUUGAGAUAUUCCUUUUGAUAAUUUAUUGCGAGUUUUUACCAUUAAACGACAGCUCUUCACGUCGUACCACAUUUCGACCUUAAUUUCCACGGUCGUGGCGUAUUACGCACCCGUCUACCUUAAUCAGUUCUCACCUCGCAUAGCGCAACCAAAGCGAAAAAAAGUAAUAACGAAAAACAAAAAACUGCAGCAAGGGUUUUCCUCUGGUUCUCUUCUCUCUUUCGACUUUCACUGAUCAUCCAUGGCUCAUACCUCUGCUUCCGAUUCCCGCCGCCUCCUCACCGUCAACCCUUCCCAUCCGAUCUCCAAAGAUGUUCAAGGAUCUGACAAUCCUAUUCCUCUUUCACCACAAUGGCUUCUUUCAAAGCCAGGGGAGAAUAAGCCCGGAAUAGGAACUAUGGAAAAUCAUUCUGUGCCAUAUCCUUCUCAUGGAGGUCGCUCUGAAGUCAUGAAGCCGUCUGGAAAUGGCGAGGGGAUGCAUGAUACCCCAAAGAAGGAUGUCUUUAGACCAUCCUUACUUGAUAUGGAAACUGGCCGCCGAGACCGCUGGCGUGAUGAAGAACGAGAUACCCAUUCAUCUCUGCUCAAAGAUCACUGGAGGGAUGGAGAUAAAGAGCUCAGUGACACCCGCAGGGUUGAUCGAUUGGUAGAUAACUUGCCUUCAAGACAAUUUGGAGAAGCACGCCGUGCACCGACUGAGCGGUGGACUGAUUCAGGUAACAGGGACUCAAAUUAUGAUCAAAAGCGUGAGAGCAAAUGGAACACACGCUGGGGACCUGAUGAUAAAAACAAUGAAAGGUCACGAGAUAAGUGGGCAGACUCUGGUAGAGAUGGUGAUAUGCCUCUUGACAAAGGGUUGCCUCAUCUUUCCAGUCAUGGGAAGGAUGUGAGAGAGGGGGAUCACUAUCGCCCAUGGAGAUCCACCUCUUCUCAGAGUCGAGGAAGGGGAGAGCCUCCCCAUCACCAAGCGCUAACUCCAAGCAAGCAGGUUCCCACAUUUUCUUAUGGCCGGGGACGUGGAGAAAGUCACCCUUCAACAUUUUCUGCUGGCCGUGGAAGGGGAAGUUCUGGUGGAAAUUCAGGGGCUAGUAUACCUUCUCAUCAUCAAACUCUGGGAACCAUAUCUGACAAGGGUGAAAUUGACCAUGGAGAGCCAUCCCCUUUACAGUAUAGUAGGAAAAAAAUGCUUGACUUAUAUAUGAGGACCGACUUGAGAAUUUACCAAAAACUCAUAGAAGAGCUUCUAUCAGUGCCUUCACUUACACAAAAUGAACCAUUGGAACCUCUAGCUCUUUGUGCUCCUAAUUCUGAUGAAAUGCUUGUUCUAAAGGGAAUAGACAGAGGGGACAUAACAAGUAGUGGUUCUCCUCAGAUGCCUAAAGAUGGGCCUGCCAGCCGGAACUCUACAGAGUAUACUCAUCCAAGAAGAAACAAGAUUGGCAGUAGAGAAGAUAUACCACCUGCUGUUGAUGAUUGUAAAGAAGAAAGUUCUGACAUUCCAAACAGCAAUUAUUCACAGCUUGAAAAGCAUAAGGGAUACCCAGAUACUAAGUUCAAAUAUGAAGACAAUAGGGUUCUUUUCAAAAGGGAUGAAGAGGUGCCCAUAAGUAGGGAAUCGAGCAUACAAGUGCCCAACUCUGUUAAUCCUGGCACCAUGUGGCGAACCUCUUCAUUUGGGGAACGAUCACCUACAGUCACACAUGACUGGAAGGAGAUUCCAAAUGAUGCCAGGUCAAGAACCCCUGACAUGAGCUGGUCACAAUCACAGAAAGAUAUGAUUAACCAACGAGAAAGUAAUGUGAUGAAUUCAUCCUAUGCUAGAGAUGAAGCAAAUUGGCAAUCUAGUGAGGAUCCUAUCCUUACGAGGCAGCCAUCUGGAAUUUUGGUGAGGGAACCUGAACCUAGGAAGCUGACUGCUCCGGAGGACCUUAUUCUUCACUAUAAAGAUCCUCAAGGUGAAAUUCAAGGCCCCUUUUCAGGGAUUGAUAUUAUAAGCUGGUUUGAGGCAGGGUAUUUUGGGUUAGAUUUGGAAGUUCGGCUAGCUAGUGCACCCAGGGACUCACCAUUUUCCUUACUUGGUGAUGUAAUGCCCCACUUGCGAGCUAAAGCACGUCCACCACCUGGAUUUGGUGUGCCAAAACAGGGUGAACUCUCUGAUUUGUCAAGCAGACCAAAUUACAGUAGCCCUGGAAAAGUUCAUGCUGGUGCAAGUGAGAUCAAUAUGAUCAGAAAUGAGCCAAGGCAAGCAACAGAAGCUGAAAAUAGAUUUUUGGAGUCACUCAUGUCUGGUGGCAUGAGCAAUCCAUCCCAAGGCCUGCAAGGAUAUGUUCCAAACAAUCCUAGUAGCAUUCCGCCAUCUGGAAUAGAAAAUGGGAGUGACCUCUAUCUGUUGGGCCGGAGAAUGACACUGGAACGGCAAAUGUCUUUGCCAAAACCCUACCCUAAUUGGCAGGGGAGAGAUGGUGCAUCUUUAGUUCCAAAGCCGGAUAUCAUCUCUGAGUCACCCACACGCCAUGCAAAACUCCUCCCUUCAUUGACUGACAACACUCCUCAGCUGCCUCCACAAGCUGCUGAUUUAAUGUCCAUCCUCCAAGGAUUACCUGACAGGUCUGCUCCUGGAGUAAACAACAGUGUCAGUGGUUGGGCAAAUUUUCCUGCACACGGUGCAUUAGAUACUCAUCAAGAGAAGAUCGAGAUACAUCAUGCUCAAAAUUUUCCUAACCAAGUGUCGUUUGGGAUCCAGCAACAAAGGCUGCAAGCACCAACCCCACCUUCCUUGACAAGUUUGCUUGGUCAAACUGUGGAUAAGCCAUCUGGAAUUUUACAACCUGAGAAGUUUAUCUCCACUUCAUCUCAAGACCCCCAACUGCUAAAUAUGUUGCAACAGCAGUAUUUAAUGCAGCAGCUACAACCCCAGACACCAGUACCAACUCCACAGAUGCUGCUACUUGAAAAGAUGAUGUUGCUUAAGCAGCAACAGAAACUGGAGGAACAGCAACAGUUGUUGCGGCAACAACAAUUGCUUUCACAGGUUUUGCAAGAACAAUCGCAGCAGCAUUUAAGUGAACCCUCUUUUGGACACUCACAGACUACCACAAUACCAACAGGUAAUUCAUCCGUGGAUCCGGCUCAACCUCAGUCAUCACCACAGGAUAUUCUUCAGAUUGGUUCGCAGAUCCCGGGCAACCAAGAUGAGCAUGCCUAUAAUAUGAACCUGUCUCAGCAAGUUUCCAGGGGUACCAGUUAUGCUGUUAGUUCUGGGUCCCCACCUGUGCUUCUACCACAAGAGAUGCUCAGUAGUGUCAAUUGUCAGAAGAGCUGGGGUACUAAUGCACCAGAACUGGUAAAUGGCAUGCAACAGUCUUUACUGGUGAAAACAAAUGUUGUUGAAAGCUCGCCCUCAUUGGAAGUGAAAUUAUCUUCUCAGGAGGCUUCUCCUGUGCAAGAGCCCCUCCUAACUUCAGACAGCCAUGCACUUACUGUGGAGCAGCCGCUGGAACGUGCUAAGAAGAUUGAUGAAAUUGUGCCAGUUGUACACCCCAUGAAUGAUGCAAACCGUGGAACCUUGGAGGGCCAUGAAAUUACUUCUGCUAGAACCUCUAAAACCGAUACACCUAUUAAUGAGUGUGUUCAACCUACUGGUGCUAUCGAUGAACUGCAAGUUGGAAGAGAAAAAAGCAAUGAUCAGCCUUCUGUGGUGAGAGAAGUUAAGAAUGUUGAAGCUCCUGAGGUAAGAAAAGCUUCAGAAAAGAAGUCUAGAAAGCAAAAAUCUAGUAAAUCACAAGCUUCAGACCCUGCAAAGGGACUUUCAAAGGCUUCCUCUUUGGUGCAAUCAAAACCAUCUGAAACUGUAGAGUCAGUUGUUGGUGACUCAAACACUGCUGGACAUAAGAUUGAUGGGAUGUCUCAAGGAAAGAAGGAAGAGAACAAAUCCAGAAAUGCUCCCAUGGAUUCUGACUAUGCUAAAAGCUUUUCAGCUGCUAACGUUGGUGUUGUGGAUGAUGAAACCAAAGAACCUAAGGGUGAGAUUCAACCUUCUAGUUCUUCCCCAAUGCAGAACCCAACUGUACAGCCUGCUGUACGUGCUUGGAAACCUGCUCCUGGUUUCAAGGCAAAGUCAUUAUUGGAAAUCCAACAGGAAGAACAGAGGAAGGCUCAAACUGAAAUCGCAGUAUCAGAGGUUACUUCUUCUGUCAACUCUCUAAGUGUGUCAACUCCAUGGACUGGGGUUGUCUCUAGUUUAGAACCCAGAGUUUCUAGAGAAUGUCAAAGAGAUGCAGAUAUUUCUGAGUCAGCUAUUGUGAAACCUGAAAGUUUAAAUUCAUUGAGUAAAAAAAAUUCAUCACUUGAUCUGUUGCCAGAAGAAGUUUUGGCAAAAUCAAGGGAAAGAGAUGCCGAUGUUCCUGGCACUACUACAUCUGCCCAUGUUACCACUACAAUUGUGGAACCCACUGAUAAUGACAAUUUUAUUGAGGCUAAAGAAACUAAAAAGAGUCGGAAAAAGUCUGCCAAAGCAAAGGGCGUGGGAGCAAAAGUUUCAGGUAUUCCAAAUAUUGCUGAUGCUGUUCUUGUUAGUGCAAGUACUGUUGAGAAAGGCAAAAGUUCUCGUCCAGCACAGGCUGAGAAGGAAUUAUUGCCUUCAAUUCCAUCAGGUCCUUCUUUGGGAGAUUUUGUACCUUGGAAAGAGGAACAAGUAAACCCUUCCCCUGCUCCAGCUUGGUCUGCUGAUUCUAAGAAACUCCCUAAACCUACAUCGUUGCGGGACAUCCAAAAGGAGCAGAAGAGGAAUUCCUCUGUCCAGCCAACAAAUCCAAUAAUGACUCCUCAUAAAUCCCAAUCAAGUCAGUCAACCCCUGCUGGUGUUUCAUCAUGGUCCAUCACUUCAUCUUCACCUUCAAAGACUGCAUCUCCACUCCAGAUAAAUUCUCAUGCAUCUCAGUCAAAAUAUAAAGGAGAUGAUGACCUUUUCUGGGGUCCAAUUGAUCAGUCCAAGCAAGAAACGAAACAAGGUGAUUUCCCACUUCUUGCAAAUGCGGGCAGCCGGGGAACAAAAAGCACUCCUGCUAAAGGAACUGCAAGUGGGGCAUUAAGUCGGCAAAAGUCAAGUGGCAGAGCUAUUGACCGCUCUUUGUCAUCCUCUCCUUCCUCUGCUCAGUCCUCCCUUAAAGGCAAAAGUGAUAUGUUGACAAAGCAUUCUGAGGCCAUGGAUUUCAGAGAUUGGUGUGAGGGUGAAUGUGUUAGGCUUAUUGGGACAAAAGGUAAGAUACAAGUUUCUUGGAAUUUUGUUUGAAGCAAUCUAGAGCCGAGGCUGAGAUACUUCUGGUAGAGAACCUUGGAUCAUUUGAUCCAAAUCACGAGUUCAUUGAGAAAUUUCUCAACUACAAGGAAUUGCUACCAGCUGAUGUGCUUGAGAUUGCUUUUCAAAAUAGAUAUGACAGAAAGUUCAUGGAUAUGGGCACUGGAAAUGUGAACUCAGGCAGUACAAGUGUUGAUAACUUAGACCAAGAUGUUGGAGAUGGGUCUUCUAAGGGAGGAGGCAAGAAGAAAGGGAAGAAAGGGAAGAAGGUGAGUCCGGCUGUUUUGGGAUUCAAUGUCGUCAGCAACCGGAUUAUGAUGGGUGAGAUUCAGACAGUAGAAGAUUGAUAAAUCUUGACUUCUCUUUGAGAUAUCAUAACAUAGAUUAUUGAGACGUCGGGCUAGUUGUAAAUACAUUUGGCUUUACUCUUUGUAAAUGUCCAGCUAGGGUUUCAUUUUUUUUUUUUUAACAAUCUUUUAACCAUCUUAGGGUGCAGGAGUAAUUGAAAACUGCUCAAGCGUUUUUGUUGGAGCGGUGAAAGUCGUUUAUUUUUGGAGAGGUUUAUUUAUAAAAGAGCAACUUUGAUCACAAAAA